AUGGAGUAUCCGGUUGGAACCGAAGACACUUACGAAUCGAUAGAAAGACACUAUGCUGGUAAAUCAGUUUUCAUUACCGGUGGUACUGGAUUUUUGGGAAAGGUUUUCGUCGAAAAGUUAUUAUUUAGCUGUACGAACUUAAACAAAAUAUUUCUACUGAUACGAGAGAAAAACAAAUCGGACGCUACUGAAAGAAUUAAGCAGUUAUUAGACCUCCCGAUGUUUGAUAGAGUUAGAAAAGACAGACCGGAAAAUCUUGAAAAAAUUGUGGCUUUAUCCGGAGACGUAGGUCUGCCUAACCUUGGUAUGAGAGAAGAAGACGAACAAAUGUUGAUAGAAAAGGUAUCCCACGUAUUUCACUUUGCAGCAAACGUUAAAUUUAAUGAAACAUUGAAAGUGGCCAUGGACACCAACGUUGAAGGAACAAGAAGAGUGCUGAAUUUGUGUAAGCGCUUGAAAAAUAUCGAAGUUUUCGUAUACGUUUCAACGGCUUACUCUAACACAGAUAAUCAAGUUCUGGAAGAAAUUGUAUACCCAUCUCCUGCUUCAAUUGAUGAAAUAUACAGAAUUCUUGAUAAGGAAGUACCUAAUGAAGAUCAAGUUAAAAGAUUAAUUUGCGGCAGACCAAAUACUUAUACCUUCGCUAAAGCACUGGCGGAAAGUCUCGUGAAUAAAGAACAUGGUGAUGUUCCUACAAUAAUCAUCAGACCAUCUAUUGUAUCAGCAAGCAUGUGUGAACCACUGAUGGGAUGGCUGGAUAGCUGGUUCGGUGCAACGGCUCUCAUCGCUACCGUAGCAAAAGGUCUUAAUCGUAUUCUUCUUAGUAAGACCACCAACAUUUUAGACCUUAUUCCUGUUGACUAUGUAUCCAACCUCGCCGUUGUGGCAGCUGCCAAAUGCCAAAGAUCAAAAGAAGUAACUGUCUACAACUGUUGUACCAGUGACGCAAAUCCACUCACAAUUGGUGAGCUUUAUAGGCUUAUUACGGAAGACAGCGUGAAACACAAUUUCCAUGAAAUAAUCUGCCCAACAUUGUUAUUUACACAGUCAAAAUGGUUGUUAAACAUUGUAACAUUAAUCAUGCAAACGAUACCAGCUUUCAUUGGUGAUUGCUGGCUACGUUUAAUGGGAAAGCCACCCAGGUUCAUGAAGAUGCAGGCAAGGAUAGCACUUAUAUGUAGUACUCUACAGUACUUCACCUCGCAUUCCUGGCAAAUGAAGUGUCAACGCACUCGUGAUCUGUUUUCUUCAUUGUCGGUUUCAGAUCGCCUCGAGUUUCCUUUUGAUCCAACACACAUUGAAUGGGACAAGUUUAUACCAAUCUAUUGUAUGGGUAUUCGAAAGUUCUUAUUGAAAGAAUCUUAA